AGGAAUAUUUCAGCCUUCAGAAGCAACCUUCAGCAGACAGAGAGGAUCUACGAUCAGAUGUCAGGGAAACUGCAUGAUGCAGAACGUUACCGAUGAUGUUUGAUCCGGACACUGACACGCAUUAACGCUGAUGACAGAGUGGGAGGAUUGAAUGGCCGAAAGAUCCCGGAGCGCAGAGCUGCGUCAAUAAAUAAUCUACAGACCAUGAACUAUGUGGGUCAGCUGGCGGGCCAGGUGUUUGUGCAGGUCAAGGAGCUGUACAGGGGACUCAACCCUGCAACGCUGUCUGGAUGCAUUGAUGUCAUUGUGGUCCGGCAGCCUGAUGGCUCGCUGCAGUGCUCCCCGUUUCACGUCCGCUUCGGAAAGAUGGGUGUGCUGCGUUCCCGUGAGAAAGUGGUGGACAUAGAGAUUAAUGGAGAGCCAGUUAGUUUGCACAUGAAGCUGGGAGAGAAUGGAGAGGCUUUCUUCGUCACAGAGACUGAGGACACACUGGAAGUGGUACCAGCCUACCUUGCAACUUCGCCCAUCAUGACAGUGGGGGAGGAGUUAAUGCAGACCGAACUGGGCAGGGGUGCUUCUCACCAUCAUGACAACAUCCCCUGCAGCACACUUCCUGUCCAGAGCCUGGGGUCGCAAGGUGGAGCGACAUUGAAGAAAAGGAGGAGGAGGAGGAGGAAGGCAAGGCCAGAAGGAAGAGGGGGAGCAGGAGGGAGGAGAGAGGACAGUGGGGAGGAGUUCUCAGAGGAUGAAGACAUGUUUACUAUUGAUCUGAGUUCGGAUGAGGAGAAGGACGGGGACAGCAGCAGACCGGCUUACAAUGAUCUGGAUCCUACAACCAAUAGCAAUUCAUACCACAUGACUGAGUGGACUGAAUCACAGAGUAACGUGAUUAAGAAGACUCUCUCCAUCCAUCCAUCCUUUGGUCUGUCCAUCUCUUGUCCUCAGAGCACGACUCGCUGUUCUUCCCUUGCAGGCAGUCCAGAUGACUCGGCAUCAUCAACACCGAAAAGUGACUCAGAACUGACCAAUCAGAUGAAUCCUGAAAUACUGUGGACCUGGGGGGAGCUGCCACAGGCUGCACAGCCAUCCUUCCUCGCUUCUCGUCAGAAGCAGGACUCGGCUGGAGCAGUCUCCAUCCCGCUGACUGCAAGCAGCCACUUCAGAGCCAUCACGGGCACGGGGUCAGGCCCGCAGGGUCCCUGUGGCUCAGACUCAGCCCAGAUCACUGCUGCUGAUGCGACAAUGGACAUAGAAGGAAACAGCUGUGAGCCCAGGCUGAAGUUACAGAUUACAUCUGAGCAGAACUCUGGAGAAGAAAAUGUCAAAGAGGCUGACAAUGUUGGCCAGUCACCUAUGGAGGAGGAGACAACUUGUUUGAUGUCUCUAAAGUCUCUCCCCGGUCAUCUAAAUGAAGAAAGUUACAGAGGAAAUCCUGUCAGAAAUUCUGAUUCACCAUCAAAGAGGAAAGAAAAAAGAAGCCAGCAUCUGGGGGCUGAUGGUGUUUAUCUGGAUGACAUUACAGAGCUGGAGCCUGAAGUUGCUGCGCUCUACUUCCCAAAAAGUGAUGGAGGAGGCAGCUCUAUGAGGGGGGACUCAGACAUUAUGAUGGACGUGAGGAGCACCAAUCAGUCUCCUCAGUCAGUGGGCAGCAGCGGCGUGGACAGCGGAGUGGACAGUUUGUUGGACCAGAUAGCCGACCUGCCUCAUGUUGCCAUCUCUUUGUGCGGAGGACUGUCAGACAACAAGGAGAUCACGAAAGAGCAAUUCCUGGAUAGAGCAGUUUCUUACCAGCAGUUCUCAGAGAACCCGUCUAUUAUAGAUGAUCCUAACCUGGUGGUCAAAGUUGGAAACAAGUACUACAACUGGACCACGGCUGCUCCUGUUAUGCUGGCUAUGCAGGUCUACCAGAAACCCCUGCCACAGUGCUGGUGUCUGAGUUAUGUUUUUUCUGUUUUUGGCCUCUUCUCAUACUGCUUCCCUGGUCUGUUUGGCUCCGCCACUUCAGAGCCUGCCUCAGUGGAGAAUAUCAUGAAGGACAAAAUGCCUAAGAAAGGAGGACGCUGGUGGUUUUCAUGGAGACGGAGGAACAGUGACUCCAAGUCGGAAACAGCUGCAGAAAUGGGAGACAGAGAAGAUGGCUCUCUCACUUUGACCUCAGUGAACGGUUUGAAAGAUGACUCCUCUUCAAGUGAUGAGGACCACACUUCAUGCAAUCAGAUGUCAGAUUCCUUUCAGCCGGAGCCUGUUUUAAACUCCGCCAGUGUGUGUUAUAAGAAGACUCUACGGCUUACUUCAGACCAGCUGGUUAGCCUGCAGCUAAAGGAGGGGCCCAAUGAAGUGGUGUUUAGUGUAACCACCCAGUAUCAAGGCACCUGCCGCUGUCAUGGCACAAUCUAUCUUUGGAGCUGGGAUGACAAGAUUAUCAUCUCAGAUAUAGAUGGAACCAUCACCAGGUCUGAUACUCUUGGCCACAUCCUUCCCACUCUGGGUAAAGACUGGACCCACCAGGGUAUUGCACGGCUCUACCACAGAGUCAGCCUAAACGGGUAUAAAUUUAUGUAUUGCUCAGCUAGAGCGAUUGGCAUGGCUGGGAUGACGAGGGGCUACCUGCACUGGGUUAAUGAAAGAGGAACCAUGCUGCCUAUGGGCCCGGUUCUGCUCAGCCCCAGCAGCCUCUUCUCUGCCUUUCACAGGGAGAUUAUUGAAAAGAAACCAGAAUUGUUCAAGAUUGAGUGUCUGACGGACAUCAAGCAUCUUUUUUACCCGAACACUGAACCUUUUUAUGCCGCCUUUGGGAACAGAGCCACGGAUGUGUAUUCGUAUAAGGAAGUCGGCAUUCCUCUGAACAGGAUUUUCACUGUCAACCCAAAAGGAGAGCUAAUACAGGAGCAUGCCAAAACAAACAUUUCCUCAUUUGGACGCCUGUGUGAGACGGUGGACCACGUGUUCCCAGUCCUGCUUCACAAUGAGGACGCAGACAUCCCCUCCUCUGAGGGUUUUGAUCAAAACACUGGCUGGAGGAAACAGUUGCUUGAUAGCAGUAGCCAUGAGGAUAAUGAGUCUCUGCCUAUUGAGACAAAUUGAAGAAGAAAAAAAAAAAAACAUCGGAUAAAGAAUCUUCAAGACUGCAGCUUUGGCUUGUCCUGUUCAUCCCAGGUUCACAUCUGAGCUCAGAUGUGAAAAUUAGGCUACCAAAAACUGUGGUGGGAACCGUCCUGAGGAUGUUUCUUUAAAAAUGGACGAUGAAAACAGUUCCUUGUGACUUCUCAUGUAAAAUAAAUGAGAACAGAAUAGAACAGAACAGAACAGAAACAUGUAAACAGAAUAACUAAAUACGUGCAAAGUGGAAAUAAUAAUUAAGGGAAAAUAGGGACUCAUUUUCAGGAAAAAUAAUUGUGGAAAAGGAAGGUUUUGGGAAAAAAGACAGAAAAAUGAACCUGAUACAUUUCAACAAAAGGUUGAGAGUUCCUCGUUAAGUAAAAUCAACACAUGGUUUAAAGCACAUAUGUAGAAGUGUACCAUCUCACACAUAGACCACAAUCAAGGAAAAUGUUUACCUGCUCUUUUCUUCAGUCCCACAGACCUUUUCAUUUAGACUAACAAUAACAACCAAUACAGCUGAAUAAUAAAACUACAUUUUCUAUGUUAUGAUGUAAUAUGUAACUUUAUGUUUUUAUGCAGUAUUUAUUUCUCUGUCUUCUUCAGGAAAGAAUAUUGACAUUUCCACUCAACACUAACAACUUACCACCAAAUGUUAUGCAGACACAAAAUGCAGUUCAGUGUGACCUCAUGCAACAGCCAUCCAAGUUAUGCAAAAAAAACAACAAAAAAACAGGUAUUGUUUUUUAUGACAACAACCUCCUCUGCAAGUGCGACUAAAAUUUGUGGUAUUUUGACCGUGCUACUGUGACAAAUUUGUCUAGUUUUCUGUUAUUGUGUUCAAUGCAGGACAAUGCAAACAAUAUUGUGUAACGUGUGGUAACUUGUGAGAAUGUAAUAUAUAAAUUACACAAUAUUCUAAUAACUAAUGUUGAUCAAUGCAAUUUUUUAUGUUUAUGUAGGACUGAGUAAAUGUAGAGUUUUGUAAUGCUGUGUAAAUAGGCAGAAAAGUAAAACCAGGUAUGAUGCUUACCCAUCCUGUUAUUGUUAAAAACAAACAGUGCAUAUUUUCGUGUCAGCAUUUCUUUUCCGUUCUUUCAUUUGUAUGUAUGUGAUGCAGAAGCCUUGCUUCAUGUGGAGCUCAAACAGGGAGAAAAUCACUGUAAAUAAUGUAAAUGUUGUUUGAUAGACUACCCAAAGUUACAAAAGAUUUUUAGAUGUUGCGCAGCAUACAACAUUUUUUUUCUUUUAUUGUAUGUUCUUUUAUUUUUUGAAACUGGUUCUCAUUCAAAAGCAGCUAUUUAGUACAUUGUGGAAGCCACUUUUGAGUAAAGCUCCAGUAUUUUAACAAACGUAUUGACAUUUCCUAUUGUUCUUCUGGCCUCUAGUUAUACAUCUUUAUAAAUCAACUUUAUAAAAUAAAAUCACAGUAUUUUUUCUUUCUUUUACAUUUAUUACUAUUGUUUAGUAAAAGAUUAGAAAGGAUCCAGACAAUGGGUCUCCCAGCUGAUCACGAUUAUGUUGUGUUGUAGUUUAGUAGUUGUACGAGCAGCUUUAGGUCUGAUGCUGUAUUAAUCAGGAAUUUACCCUUUAAGUUAAAUGAAAUAUUAAGUAUCAACGAGGCAUGUGGUGUAUGAGCCGUUUGAAUGUUUAAGAUCAAAUAAUAUUCACAUUUUAAAGAUCUGCUUUACUUUUAGAAAGUGGAAAAACUUAAUUAAAUCAGUUAUUACAACUUAUCAAAUUAACCUGUAAUUGUCAUGUUUUAAUUCUUUCUGUGAAAGAUUCUUUAAAAGUACUUAAAACAAGUAAAAAAAAAACAGCGGUUUUACUCAGUGUCGUGAAAACUGUUCUUUGCAGUCUAAAAUGUAGAAUAAAUAAUUUUCAGAAAA